GAUUAGACCAAAAUCUCUCUCAAAUCUCAAAUCUCAAAUCUCAAAUGUCUCAGCUUCUUCACCUUCACCUUCACCGUCUCUCUCUCCCACAAUCGUCUCUUCGUUUCAGAUUCCCGCCUUUACAUCGCCGCCGUGCAGCUUCGUCACCGUCUAACUCAACUGAAUCCACCGUGUUUCGUUCUCUCACACUCUCCAGAUCUCAAAUAACUUGCAGAUUCAGCCAAUCAGAUAUUACGCCACAAUUUGAAUUGGAUAAAGCACAAGACAAUCGAAAACCACAAAAGCGAGCGAAUGGCAUAUUUUGGAUCAUACUUAUCAAUCUUGGCAUAUAUGUUGCUGAUCACUUCUUUCAGGUUCGCGGGAUCAAAUCUUUGUAUUUGUAUCACAAUUUUCCGGCAUGGUACCAGUUUGUGACUGCUACAUUCUGUCAUGCUAACUGGAACCAUCUCUCCAGCAAUCUUUUUUUCUUGUACAUCUUUGGAAAGCUUGUUGAAGAAGAAGAAGGAAACUUUGGUUUGUGGCUCUCCUACUUGUUCACUGGUGUUGGAGCUAACCUGGUUUCUUGGUUAGUUUUACCGAGAAAUGCUGUUUCUGUUGGAGCCUCGGGAGCUGUUUUUGGGUUAUUUGCAAUCAGUGUCCUCGUCAAGAUGUCUUGGGAUUGGAGGAAAAUCCUUGAAGUUCUUAUAUUGGGUCAGUUCGUUGUUGAGAGGGUAAUGGAAGCAGCUCAGGCAUCGGCUGGAUUAUCAGGAACUAUAUAUGGUGGCUACUCUUUACAAACUGUUAAUCACAUUGCGCAUCUCUCUGGUGCUCUUGUUGGUGUUGUUUUAGUUUGGCUUCUCAGCAAAUUUCCUUCGUUAAGCUUAAGUCAGAGGCUUCUACUUGUGGUCGAGAUACCAUUUGAAGUCAAUCCAACUAGGGAUAGCUUCUCCUUGAAACAAUUCACUGCAUUACCGUCUUUACAUCGCCGCCGUGUAGCUUCUUCGCCAACCAACUCUCGUCUCUCUAUCAACUCAACUAAUUCCACCGUCUUUCGUCCUCUCACCGUCGUCAGAUGUCGUUCCAGCGAAACCGACAUCACACCACAAUUUGAAUUGGAGAAACCACAAAAGCAAGCAAAUGGCAUAUUCUUGAUCAUUCUUAUCAAUCUUGCCAUAUUUAUGGCUCAACAUUUCUUUCAGGUUCGCGGGAUCAAAUCUAUGUAUUUGUAUAGCGAUUUUCCGGCAUGGUACCAGUUUGUGACUGCAACAUUCUGUCAUGCUAACUGGAACCAUCUCUCCAGCAAUCUUUUUCUCUUGUACAUCUUUGGAAAGAUUGUUGAAGAAGAGAAAGGAAACUUUGGUUUGUGGUUGUCCUACUUGUUCACUGGUGUUGGAGCUAACCUGGUUUCUUGGUUCACUUUACCGCCGAAUUCAGUUUCUGCUGGAGCCUCGGGAGCUGUUUUCGGGUUAUUUGUGAUCAGUGUCCGUGUCAAGAUGUCUCCGGGUUGGAGGAAAUUUCUUGAAUUUCUUAUAUUGGGUCAGUUUGUUAUGAAGAGGGUAUUUGAAGCAGCUCAGACUUCAACUGGAUUAUUAGAAACUAAAUUUUGUGGAUAUAUAUUUGGUGGCAAUGAAUUCCUGACUAUUAUUCAAACUGUUAGACCCGUUGCGCAGUUCUCGGGUGCUCUUCUUGGUGUUCUCUUAGUUUGGCUUAUCAGCAAAUUUCUCUCAGAACCAGUGGAUCAAGAAGUUAUACAAUCCCUCCAAAAGUGAGGCAAUAAUUGAAUGCAAAGACA